AAUUCAGGUCAAAAAUGUAACCUGCUACAAGACUAUUCACACGUUACUCUGUUGUAAACAUUCCACUUUUAGUAAGAAAUUUGCCCAAGGUCAGAUUUUUAUAAAUGAAAUUUGCCUCACGAAGUUUAAACAAAAGAAAUAUUAAAUAUGACAUAAUCUUGCUGUAUGACGAGAUUAGCCAAUAAUAACGCUAGUUGUGGGUUGCUAUGGGCUACGUUUGACCAAUAAGAGCGCGUGUUGCUGUGUAGCCGAGUUGAUGAGUGCGGCGUCAUUGGAUACCAGGUAAACACUGGGUGACCAAAUCUGUCAUUUCCCCCAUAUACCUGUGAUCUAAAAGCUUCAGGAUGACUGCAGGUUCCAUUGUGGCUCCAUUCAUAAUUCCCAUUCGGAUCCCAACUCCUGGAAAAGCCAAGCAUGAAAUAGACACCAAUACGCCCAUCGAGAUCAAGUCAGACACCCCUGAUGUGAGUAUUUUCUACACACUGGAUGGCACUAAACCGGAGUUGCUGCGAAAGCCAGGGCUUGGGGGCAGCAGCACACUGAGAUACACUGAACCCAUUCGCUUACCCAGUGGCAAAGUGCACGUCAGGGCCAUGGCUGUGACCAGUGAUGGAAGACAGAGCGCCGUUGUUACGAAGGUCUUCGUCGUAGAUCACGUGCCCUCUGAGCUACAAGAACCAUCAGACAACAAUCAAGAGUACCCCAGAGAGGAUUUGGCGCAAAGUGACGAGGGGCUGAACAGUCCUGGAGACGCUUCUACAAAAUAUUUAGACGUUUCCAACAAAGAAGCACGGAGCACUCGAAAAAACAAAGGCCCUCGUUUUCUGUCUCAACGCUUACCGAGCGCACCUGUAGCCCCGCCCACAAAACGCCCACAGAGCGCAGGGGAUGGGGACGGCUUGCUGAAAAACCUCAACAGCACACAGAUCGCUCGCCUUCAGAGAGAAACAGACUUCCUCAGGUGCUUUAAGUGUUUGAGCCAUCGGCCCUCGGAUCCCUUCGCCCGAUUCUGCCUGCACUGCGGUGCUCCGGUGCCUCCUAUACCGGGACAGAGACUGCCCCCUACUGAGGGGGGACAGAUGAUCCUGUGUAUGCAGUGUAAGAGCAUGGUUCCGGUGAACACGUCCUCGUGUGUGGUGUGUGAGGCUCCUAUUUCCCCGCAGCUUCAACCACAGGCCAGCCUGAGGCUGCAGGGCAAACUGAUCUGUCCAUCAUGCGGCACAGGAAACCCCGCCCACAUCACCUACUGCGUGACCUGUGAGACCAGAUUGUCUCAAGCCGACAGCCCGGUGUUGAGCGGACAGCGCGCUCCUCCUCUACCUUUGUCGGGAGGCAAGGCGGUCCCGUGCUCCAAAUGUAACCGAGCGAACCACUCGGACGCUCGAUUCUGCGACUGGUGCGGCGCCAAGUCGGGCCACGCGGCUAAGUGUCUGACCUGUUCUAAAUGCGGAGCUAGCAGUCACCCGUAUGCUAGCUUCUGCGGGAGCUGCGGCGUGUUCCUGGAAGGUCCGUCCCGAGGGUCCGCCUGUAGCGUGCAGCCGGGUGCACCAGAGGACGCGCUGGAACCUGAGCAGAGUGCAUCUGCACGUCGUGCUCCGGCGGCGAGCACGGCGAGGCGUGUGGAUGCGCAGACCCAGACUGCUGGCCUCUUCUACCCCUCCAGCGCUGACCUGCAGAAGCGGAGCCAGCAGAGAGAGGCGGAGCUUAGCAGACAGGGGCAGAUGAGUGACAGGAAACCUUUACUCACAGCUGUCAGCCCUGGACGAGGAUUCUGGAGGAAACAGCUGGAUCACAUCUGCGCUCACCUGCGCAGUUACACGCAAAACAACAGCGAGUUCAGAGCACUGGUCGGAGAACCGCGGAUGGGCAGGGUGAGACCCGAACGCAUCCCGACUCACGCGUUUCACGUCUCUGAGUUAACACGUCUUUAUUUUUGGAGCUUUUCUUUGCAAAAUCUGAUCUCUGCUGUGAUUGAAGAGGACAGCUAUGAAGUCAGUCUGCGUGUUAACUUCAUCUUGGCGUCUCCAGACAGAUCCAGGUCUUCUCCAGCAGGGCAGCUGAACGGAUCGUCGUGUGAGAAACUCAACCUCAGCGAUGUUACGGAGGGGAGGACCAAGCUAACCUCCACGGCGUCUGGACCGAGUGCUCGGAACCGGAAGAAGAGCUACGCUACAAUCACAGCUGAGCGACCACCUGCGUACAAAGACAGCUUGCUGCUGAAGGACGUGGGGCCGGAGGGGCGGGGCCGAAUCGCAGUCCUGGAGCAGCUCUUGGACGAGGGUGCCAACCCGUCAUGCCUGGACAGCGAUGAGCGUCCACCUUUGGUUGCCGCGGUACUAAACGGGCACUGCGAUGUCAUCCCGCUGCUGGUGCAGAAAGGUGCAGAUGUUGACCAGCUCUCAGGGCCGUCGAAUAACGGCGCCCUGCACGAGGCUGCGGCUUUGGGGACCAAGGGCUUGAGGAGCGCGGAGAUCCUGCUCGGAUGCAACGCAAGUUUGAGAAGACUGAACAACCACGGUCAGACGCCGUACGACGUGGCCGAAGCUUCGGGCUGCAGCUCGAUGCUCUCGCUAUUAGCGGCUCACGGGGGGACGGGACGGGGCGGGCUUAACACCCGGAGUGCCUCCGGUCUCGACACGUUCUCUUAGGUAGACAGGAGUUCUCUCUCUCUCUCUCUCUCUGAGAUCAGACCUGACUGAGAGAAGGAACUGCCUGAAUAUGGACUCGAGAAGAUCUGGGGGAGACGUCAUUACUGUUACUGUCGAAGAGAUCAGAUUACCAUCAUUUUAUCCAAUCAAAGUAGGAACGCAAAAAUUCCGUACAGCUGUGUAGGUGUUUUUUUUUUUUUAGCUCUCUGAUAUGAAUCGACACGCCUGGAAGCCCCUCCCCUUUUCCCUACCUCGCUUUAGUAAUGUUUCGCUUAUAGAAGCGCCAUUAAUAACGCCGUCGUACAGUAUGUGAGACCCGAUGGUAAUAAGGAAAUAAACCCGAAGAGAUCCA